CAAGCAGCAAUCCUUGACUACGUCCUCAUUUUUAACCUUAUAAAUUGUCCAGAGGUCAGUUUUUCAUGCCUCAAAACGACACUCACUACCCAAUUUCACAACCCACUUCUCAGAAACUGUAGUACUGGUUACCCAAACAAUUGGAAGCGAUCGAUCGUCGCCAAUUCGACACACUCAUUCUUCGUCCUAGAAGAAACACAAUCGGAGGUGUAUAUAAAGGCAACUGGUGAGAAGAGUGCAGAGAUGGUGACUGACGAAGGUGCAAUUUAUGUGACAUCAAACAGAGGCUACAACUGGAGGGCUGCUGUUCAGGAGACUGUUUCCGCUACUCUUAAUAGAACAGUUUCUAGUGGAAUUAGUGGUGCAAGUUACUACACUGGAACUUUUAAUUCUGUGAAUCGCUCACCCGAUGGAAAAUAUGUUGCCGUCUCAAGCCGCGGUAAUUUCUAUCUCACUUGGGAGCCUGGCCAGCCAUACUGGCAGCCACAUAACAGAACAAUUGCAAGAAGAAUUCAAAACAUGGGAUGGAGAGCCGAUGGUGGUCUUUGGCAUUGUACAGUUUGUACUUGCACCCAAACAAGCAGAUAUUCAUGAACAGGUUAAGUUUCUUAUGGAUUAAUAAAUAUCCAAAAGAGUGUCAAUCUAAGAAAUGUAAACAACACAAUUUGAAAGAAAGCAACAAGUAAUUGGAACAGUCAACCUUUCAUAUUA